UUCCCUUUUGGUCUUGGUAAGAUCUAAAAACAAAACCCUAGAAAAGAGAAGAGCCAGAGGAGAAUCAAAUAGAGGAUAAAAUCGAUGGGAAGAGGGAAGAUUGUGAUCCAAAGGAUCGAUGAUUCAACAAGUAGACAAGUCACUUUCUCCAAACGAAGAAAGGGUCUAAUCAAGAAAGCCAAAGAGCUAGCUAUUCUCUGUGACGCCGAGGUCGGUCUCAUCAUCUUCUCUAGCACCGGAAAGCUCUAUGACUUUGCAAGCUCCAGCAUGAAGUCAAUUAUUGAUAGAUAUAACAAGAGCAAGAUCGAGCAACAACAAUUAUUGAACCCAGCAUCAGAAGUCAAGUUUUGGCAGCGAGAAGCUGCUGUUCUUAGGCAAGAAUUGCAUGCUUUGCAAGAAAAUCAUCGGCAAAUGAUGGGAGAACAACUAAAUGGUUUAAGUGUUAACGAGCUAAACAGUCUUGAGAAUCAACUUGAGAUAAGUUUGCAUGGAGUUCGUAUGAAAAAGGAACAAAUGUUGACUCAAGAAAUCCAAGAACUAAGCAAAAAGAGGAAUCUUAUUCAUCAGGAAAACCUAGAUUUGUCUAGGAAAGUACAACGGAUUCAUCAAGAAAAUGUUGAGCUCUACAAGAAGGCUUACGCGGCAAGCACAAAUGGGUUUAUACAUCGUGAACGAGCAGCUGUCACUGUCACGGAUGAUGAAUCAUCACAGACUCAGAUUCGGCUGCAACUAAGCCAACCCGAGCAUUCCGAUUACGAGACCCCGCCAAGAGCAAGCGAAUAACAUCAAGUUUUUCAGAGAUUGAAGUUCGAAGAUACUGUGAUGUUGAAGACCAAAUCCAAAGACUAGGUUUGAAUAAGGGUAUUGAAUUUGAAGCCCAAUAAAACCAAGCCACAUGAUAAGCAGCAUGGUUCUUCUAUCAUCAAUUAAUCAUGUUUUUCUUUCUUUGUGCAUUUCAAUUUGAAAAUAUAUAUAUAAGUAAAAGCAUAUAUAAUUAAAA